GAAAUCCCACGCCUCCUUGGAGCCACCGUGACCGAGGUGUUCUUCGUGUCAAGUCAGAUUAAAACAAUCCCCAAAUCAGCCUUUGUGGAGAACCCCCAGCUGGAAAAGGUGGAGUUCAUGACCACCGACACGACGUCUAUCGAGCUGGGAGCUUUCGAAGGUCUGGUUCACCUCAAGCACAUCGAGAUCUCCGGCACUCCUUUAACAUCGAUCCCAGUGGGAGUCUUCAAAGACAACAGCGACCUGGAGAUAAUUAUACUCAAGUUUAACGAGCUCCAAAGGCUCGAGAAGGGCCUCUUUGAAGGCCUGAAAAAACUGAGGGACCUCCUGUUAAACGGGAACGGUAUCGAAACGAUCGAAGACGAGACGUUUGAGGGUCUGGACAACCUUGCGACGCUCAAUUUAGGUAAAAACAACCUCUCGGCCGUGUCCACCGUCUGGUUCUCCCACAUGAAGGAACUGCAGGCAAUAAGGCUUUAUGAGAAUCAGCUCACCUCCAUUCCUGAAGAUAUUUUUCAGAAUUUACCAAACCUGAGGGAAAUUAACUUGUCUGGAAACAAACUAACAGAGCUAUCACCUAAUCUGUUUCCACAUAAAGACAAACUAAACAGGCUGUACCUGGACAGUAACCUCCUGACGACUUUACCUGAAGGAUAUUUUGUCGGCUUCCCUCAGCUCAAAAUUCUGACGCUAAAGAAGAACCAGCUGACGAGUCUGCCUCCGGCGCUGUUUGGAGAAAUGCCCAAACUGACGGAUUUAAGCCUCCAACAGAACAACCUCAGCUCUCUUCCUAAAGGAAUAUUCGGCCCUCUGAAGAAAGUCAAGAAGCUGGAUCUGUCUGAAAACCACUUCGUCGCCGUCUCCGCCGACCUCUUCGACGGCCCCGAGAAGCUCACAGACCUGAACCUCCAGCUCAACGAGAUAAAGUCGUUGGAUGCAGAUGUGUUCGAGAGGCUUCAGUCGCUCGUCACGCUCAAACUCGCUCACAACAACCUGCGGACGCUUCCUGGGGAUGUUUUCGAGCCUUUAAAGAAACUCAGAAGACUCGACCUGAGCAGCAACCCCUGGAGCUGUGACUGUAACCUGAUAGACUUUCACACCUGGCUGAAGGUGAACUCUGACAAGCUUUCGUCUCAGGUGGUCUGCGAGCAUCCAGAGCAUCUCAAAGGGACGGCAAUCACAUCAUUAACAGAGGAGGAGCUUAUUUGCCCCACGCUUCCCCCUACGACCGCCAUCCCAACCACCACGACAAUCCCUACAACUACCCCGUCGACGCUCCCAACCACACAACCAGCCACCACCAUCCCCACAACCACAACACCAACAACCACUUUGCCUCCAAACCAGAAUGCUGUCGUUGUGCCCGGCUUCCCUCAGCUCAAAAUUCUGACGCUAAAGAAGAACCAGCUGACGAGUCUGCCUCCGGCGCUGUUUGGAGAAAUGCCCAAACUGACGGAUUUAAGCCUCCAACAGAACAACCUCAGCUCUCUUCCUAAAGGAAUAUUCGGCCCUCUGAAGAAAGUCAAGAAGCUGGAUCUGUCUAAAAACCACUUCGUCGCCGUCUCCGCCGACUUCUUCGACGGCCCCGAGAAGCUCACAGACCUGAACCUCCAGCUCAAUGAGAUAAAGUCGUUGGAUGCAGAUGUGUUCGAGAGGCUUCAGUCGCUCGUCACACUCAAACUCGCUCACAACAACCUGCGGACGCUUCCUGGGGAUGUUUUCGAGCCUUUAAAGAAACUCAGAAAACUCGACCUGAGCAGCAACCCCUGGAGCUGUGACUGUAACCUGAUAGACUUUCACGCCUGGCUGAAGGUGAACUCUGACAAGCUUUCGUCUCAGCUGGUCUGCGAGCAUCCAGAGCAUCUCAAAGGGACGGCAAUCGCAUCAUUAACAGAAGAGGAGCUUAUUUGCCCCACGCUUCCCCCUACGACCACCAUCCCAACCACCACGACACCUACAACCACAACACCCACAACCCACAACCCUACCAACAACCACACCUACGACCACUAUGACCACAGCUAUGGCCACCACAACUACUCCGACUACAGUUUUGGCCACAACAACCACUUUGACUACAGCUGUGGCCACCACGACCGCUUUGACGACAAUUCCACCCACGACCAUAACAACAACAACUGCCACCACAACUGCGAUGACAACAGUUCUACCCACCACCACCACCACCACCACACCCACAACCACGAUGACAACACUUCCACCUACGACGACAACACCUACAACCACUUUACCUACAACAACAACUUUGCCCACAACCACCACACUCGCAACUACCCGACCAACAACCACCAAAACAACAACACCUCCACCGACCACCCCAGCGGUCUUCACCUGUCCGGUUCCCCCGUCCGCUCAGGCGAUGCCGACUUCCUCCGCGCAUCGAAACAAAUUCCAGCGGUGCAGGUCUCGGAUGCUGAUCUACACGUCGGUGCUGCUGGUGGAGAUCGUCUGCACGCUGGCGCUGGCCAAGUUCACACUGUCUCUUUACCGCCUGCUGCAACACCGAGAGAGGAGGCACAGCCGGAUCAAACUCACCCGAUUCUCCUACAGGAGAGAGGUCAUGCUGAGGCCUUUACAGGUUUCAAACCGAGACACAAAAACUUACAUAAUUCUCUCUGGAGAUGCAGAAGAGUCUUGUGUAAAAGCAGGAAUAGUGAAUGA